AUGAAGCCCAAAGACCCAACAAAACAGAGUUCUUCUGUAACGAAGCCAACGUUGCGUUGGAUCGAUACGAAAGUGGUCAAACGCCAACUUGCCGAAUAUUUUUAUCCCGAUCUUGGCAAGCUGCUUAGCAUCGCUGAGUACAAUGGCGUUAUUAGGCCCCUACUGAAGCGUAUCCGGGGCAACGCCCUUCGAGGAAGGGAGACGAACAAAGACACCAUCGAUAUAUGGCAUCUAGAUCCAGACAUCAUAAAGGGCGUAGUUGACAGCGAGUCCCUCCAUGGUUCCCCGUCCCCUCUUGGCGAUACUUGGGCAGAAACGGUAUGGAAGGGCCCGAUCGUUCUCACCAUGAGAGAAGGAAACAGUUAUGACCUUCCUCUCGUCAAGGACGUUGAUCUCGUGGCAUACCGAGACGCCCUCGACUUCCUGGGCUACUACCGAGUUGGUCAAGGAAGCGUGAUUGACGACUUCGGCAAGAAGACAGUCUUUGCGCAGAAGAUUCUGCAGCUGCGAGCCGGCAAGAUGAUGGGCUGGCGUCUCAACUGCGAAGCUGACCAAGUUGACAGGGGGGAACUCGCCGCGGUCCUGGUUUCCGUCCCGAGGGCACACCCGCUGGCCCUCCACGCCGAUGAUCCCCUUCAGAUUCCCCAACUGUUGGAUUUUCAGUGGAUUGUAAAGCGUUACCCGCAAGGCAGCAGAGAACGCGGUUUGCCGCCGAGCCAACUGGAGAACCGCCUGGCCCGGCUGCUGUUGACACGAAUUAUGGUCAGGGAUGAAAAGUGGACUAGGUGCCGAGACUGCUGGAAAGAUCCGGCUAUUGGAUCGAUGCUUCUUGUCGAGAGGUAUCGUGGCGAGAUUAAGCAGGAUGUACUCAUGGCUAUUUGUAGGCUCAUUGAGGAAAAGGUCCUGCCGCUAAUGACGGAUGAGCGAGCUGUGCAGCCAGGCGCGGCGGAGGAGCUGGCCGGUUUUAUUAUAAGAGAAGGGGAAAAUCUACUAGCAGGAAUACAGGCAGACGACAUGAAAGUUGACAGUACUUGA